GAAUUGAAUGAUUAUUGACAAAUCAACGAACUGAUCAUAAUGAAUAUAAAUAAAUCAUCAGAAUAGACAUAUAAUUGAAUAAUACGGAUUAUAUAUUGACUAUUACAGAUCAUUUAUAAUAAUCGACUGUCAAAUUGAAGUUCACUCUGCAGACUUAUUAAAUGGCCACUGUUUCUGGAUUUGGAAUGACACGUUCAUUAAUUCAUGCAUUUGAUCCACAUGGUAAACAUUACACACCAACAAUUAAACCAACAACUGGUUUUUCAGCAUCAGCUGAUGCUGAACGAUUACAUCGAGCUAUGAAAGGUGCAGGCACAGAUGAAACAGUAAUCAUCAACAUAUUGGCACGUAGAACAAAUUAUGAACGUCAAGAAAUAUGUCGAUCAUACAAAACUUUAUAUAAACAAGAUCUAAAAGACGAUUUGAAAUCGGAGACUAGUGGAGACUUUCGUAAAGUUUUAUGUCAGCUAGUUGUUGAUACACCUUAUAUGUUGGCUAAAUCAUUAUAUUAUGCAAUGAAAGGCUUAGGAACAAAUGAUCGUGUACUUACUGAAAUAUUUACCACAUUAUGGAAUGAUGAAACAAGAGCUGUAGCUGAUGCUUAUAAACAAGUACUCAAAGACAAAGGAAUUGAAGAAUCAGAACGUUCAUUAGUUACUGAUAUGAAAAAAGAAAUAAGCGGUGAUUAUGAAUAUGCAUUAAUGUGUUUAAUUCAAGCUGAACGUGAUGAUAUACCAGUAUUACAAUUGAAAGCAAUACCUGAAAAAGGUAUCAAUUCAAUCAUUAAUCAUGAAUUAGCUGAAGCUGAUGCUAAAGAUCUAUAUAAUUCAGGAGUUGGUCGGGUUGGUACUAGUGAAAAACGUAUUACACGUGUUAUAUGCAAUAGAACACCAUAUCAAUUAUAUUUAACAUCUGAAAUCUAUUUCAAAAUGUAUGGUAAAACUUUAUUGGAACACAUUGAAUCAGAGACAUCAGGUGAUUAUCGUAAACUUCUUGUUGCUAUCUUACGAUAUGCAAUCGAUCGUCCUGGUCUAAUUGCUGAAUGGUUACACGAUUCAAUGGCUGGUUUAGGAACAAAAGAUUAUGCAUUAAUGCGUUUAUUAAUUACACGUUCUGAGGUAAGUUUAUACUAUUUGUAAAAUGUUGUUUCAAUGAAAUGAAUAACAUAGAACAAAGGAGAAUAGCAUGUGAUUGAUUAGAUUAUCUAAACUGCCACCAAUAUUAGCUUCAUUUGCAAGAUGGAACGAUCAGAAAAGCUGAAUUCAUGAGUCAAUUCAAGUUAGAUCACCAUCAGAAACCUGAAAACACUAGACGGUUGUUUAAUCCUAGUAUAGGACACCUCAGUAGCGCGCAGCUACGAUCCCGACCCACGAGAUUUGAACCCAAGACCAAGUUUGUUAUGAGAUAGUAGCCCAUCGAAGACAAUGGUGGGCGGUGACACAAUUUAGUGGAUUGGUUGAUGCCGACUCAAUGGUCUGGAGACCGAUAGGUCCUGAUUUCGAGUCCUGAGUGUGGAAUUUCAUAUGCGCACUACUGAGGAGUCCUAUAAUUGAACAAAACGUCCGUCCGCUGCUUCCAGGUCUAACUUCAAUUGACUCAUUAUCUCAA